UAAUCUGGAGCAAUUGGAAUUCAAUUCAUCAAUGGAUUUCAAGCCAAACGGCUAAAAUAUAAAAGUCUGUAGAAUUGAAUUCUACAUACGUUUAACUUCAAGGAAUCCACAAGAUCUGUAUCCACAUUGUCUGAAUGAAGAAGAAAUGAGAGAAGAAGCUCUUCACAAUAAGCAAUAUGGCCGUAAUAAGCAAAACUCCACAAGUCAAGCAUUUCUGAGAAAACUCCAUGCAAUCUAUGUUUGCAGAGGUACACAAAGCUCUUCACAAUGGUCUCAGCUCAUCAGAGGCUACCUUUCUUCAGGCUUUCUCAGAGAAGCCUUAAUGGUUUACACCAAAAACCUCCCCAGAAGAACCUCCCACACAGUACUCCCUUUGGUUCUCAAGGCUUGUGGUUCUCUGGCAUUGCUUCCACUCGGAGCUUCUUUGCAUGGGGAGUCCGUGAAGGCCGGGUUGAUUGGUGAAAUUUUGGUAGGCACUACGUUUGUGUCAAUGUACUGCAAGUUUGGUAAUCUCAGUGAUGCACGGAAGGUGUUCGACGAAAUGCCUCACAGGAAUGUUGUUACUUAUAAUGCAAUGAUUGGAGGGUGUCUCAUGAAUGGUGAUGUGGAUUCAGCAUUGGUGUUGUUUGAAAGAUCGCCGGAGAGGACCCCGGUGACUUGGGUGACAAUGAUUGAUGGUUUUGCGAGGGUUGGGGACACUGUGACUGCUAGGAAGUUGUUUGACGAAACACCGAAUGAGUUGAGGAAUGUUGUGACUUGGACUGUUAUGGUUCAUGGUUAUGCCGCUAAAGGUGAGAUGGGUGCAGCUAGAGAAAUGUUUGAGUGCAUGCCUUGUAGAAGUUUUUUUGUGUGGUCAUCUAUGAUCAGUGGGUACUUUAAAAAAGGCGAUGCAAAGGAGGCCCGGAUGAUGUUUGAUCGGAUUCCGGAACGGAAUUUGGUGAAUUGGAAUGCUUUGAUUGCAGGGUAUGCCCAAAUUGGGUGUUGUGAGGAGGCAUUGGAUGCGUUUAGGGAAAUGCAGAAGGAUGGUUUUGAGCCAGAUGAAUUCACAAUGGCAAGUGUAUUGUCUGCUUGUUCGCAGUUGGGUUGCCUAGGGACAGGAAAGAAAAUUCAUGAUAUGAUCAAUCAAAAAAGGAUUAACACGAAUUAUUUUGUGUUGAAUGGUUUGGUUGAUAUGUAUGCGAAAUGCGGUGACCUUGAAAGAGCAAAAACAAUAUUUAAUGGGAUGAUAAACAGAAAUGUUGUUUGUUGGAAUUCAAUGAUUUCAGGCCUUGCUACUCAUGGUCGGAGCUAUGAAGCUCUUGCGCUGUUUGAUAGAAUGGAAGAGUCAAAAAAGGAGCCCGAUAAUGUGACAUUUCUGGCAGCACUUUCGGCUUGUACGCAUGCAGGAUUUGUUGACAGAGGAUUAGAGAUUUUCAGAAAGAUGGAAAAAUACGGAUUAGCUGCAGGUGUGGAGCACUAUGGAUGUAUAGUCGAUCUCUUGGGCCGAGCCGGAAGACUAAAUGAAGCUUACAGUUUAGUCAAGAGCAUGCCAGGGGUUCCAAACAGAUCAGUUUGGGGUGCUUUGCUUGGAGCUUGUAAAAUUCAUGCAGAUAAAAAUAUGGCAGAUAGAGUCUUGAGUGAUUUGAAUUCGAAUGCAGAGCAUGAUGAUGAUGUGAAGUACAUUGUAUUAUCAAAUGUUAAUGCCACUUUGAAUAAGUGGGAGGAAGCAGAGAAAUUAUGGAGGGUGAUGGCUGAGAAGGGAAUGCGAAAGAUUCCUGGGUGUAGUUCAAUUAUGGUUGGAGACAUCGAACAUAGAUUCCAUUCUGGUGCUAUAAGAGAAUCUCAAGCAUGUGUGAAGUUGGUGUAGUUUAUUGCGCUGAUUAAUUUCUGCCAUUGUUGAAACAUUAAGAGUUAAGACUUGAGAGGAUGGCAGAAAUUAACAAUGAUAAAAGCCUCAAUUGACAAUUUGAUAAGGUAAUUUGAUUGAUCCUGCUUAUCAUAUUGUGAAUAAAUAUUAUUUUGUUCAAUUUAGAGGAAUAAUUUGAUGCUCAUACUUAGAAUGUAUGUUCCUUUAGCAGUAUGGUAGUUGAAUACAUUGUCCUGCAAUUUAUAUGUAGUCUUUGCUUUUAAGCAGUGUUGUUUUGGGGAAUUCAAAAGAUUAAUAUUGACAAUCGUACAUAGAGUGGAGAAAGAUUAUUUAUUUAUAA